AUGGGACAGAUGAUGGAUCGUGAUCGGAGAUUGACCGGAAUGUUACGAGGACAAACGGACCAUGCAGAUGCGCCCAUAGGUUUCGAGCUCAACAAUCCUUGGAGAAACUACGGUCGAACUUCUGGUGAUAGGCCUGAAGAUCCUGAAUCUUCGGUUGAGGUCCAGAUUUUGGUGAAGACUGCGGAGGCAGAUCAUUGGUAA